UUUUACAUAUUUAUUCAAUAAAAUAUUCAUUCUUUUACAAUUUUUUAUUAUUUCUUCCCUCACUGCCCCUCUCUUUCUCACAGACCCAACACUACCAACGAUCACUCCACACCCAACCACCAUCAUCACCACCCAACCACCAUCAUCAAGGAAAACCAACCCACAAAACAAGAAAUACAAGAUAGACAUGGUCAACCUCAAAGGAAAACACCCAAAAACCAAAUGAAAAUUACAGAACCCAGAAGAGAGAAAGAGAGAGAGAGAGGGAGAGAAAGCUUCACAGUAAAACUCAAAUCAACGCCGCCGUUGCACCACCACAACAAACCAACGUCGCCAAAAACCAAAUCUAAACCCAGCCAAAAACCCAAUUCCAAACACAAACCACCGUGAAACUUAUACCCAUCAAACCUAAGACCUACGAUGAGCUGCUACCCACGACCCCACAACUCUACAACCCCACAAACCCAAUACCACCCACAUCCCCACCCACCCUAAGUCGAUCUUGAGAGAGAGAGAGAGAGAGAGAGCUUUGUUUGAUGAUUGGCGUGGCGUGGUUUGAUGAUUGGUGUGGCAUGGACUGAAAUGGCGAAACCCAAAAAGGUGAGAGUGAGAAGCAAAGAGAGUGAGGUGGACUGAGGUGAGAAAUGGCGAAAGCCAGAAAGGUGAGAGUGAGAAGCUGAGAGAGUGAGGUGAAGGAGAAUCUAAAAUAUUAGAUACAUGAUCUACAGUAACCGUGUAUAUUUGCAAGUUGCUACAUGCACGGUUACUAUAGCAACUUGCAAAUAUGCAUUUAUAUGCACGAUUAUUAUAACAACUUAUAAAUAUGCACAUUUUUAGAAGUAUUGAUGUGAAACAUUUUUUAAGCAAAAUAUGUAAAAAUAGUGUAUUUUUCUAUUACACAUAACUUUACCUCCACUAAUUUUGAACUUGGGGCAGUACUUUUUUAUUAUUUUAUUUGUAAUAUGGGUAAUUAUUCAAUUGAAAUCACACAGCGUGCUUCUCGUGGGAGUAGUAUAAUAAAGUACAGUUAACCCUGACAACUGUUUAAAGCAAUCACAUUCAGCCAAAGUAUUUUCCCUCAAAAAAAUAAAAAUAAAUAAACACACAUUCAGCCAAAAUAUAAAACAAAUAGCGAAAGCGAUUUUUUUAUUUUUUAUUUGAAAGAGGAAUUGCUGUACAGCAAAGCGACCAACCAAGUACAAUGAUUGUCGGAGUAAGAAGAGUAGAUAGAAGCAACACUUUUGCUCUCUCCCUUUCAACUUAACUCUCAAAUUUCGUUUACCAAAAAAAAAAAAAAAAAAACUCUCAAAUUUCAAAGUGGGGUUGUGUGAGGUUGUUAACUUUGUCGUGUGGUUUUAGAAAUGUCCAUUGAAACGCCACUGCUAUUAGACACAGUUGCAAAUGCCGUCGUUGACUACAAAGGCCGGCGAGUCCUCAGAUCCAAUUCCGGAGGUUGGAGGUCUGCAUGUUUCAUCAUAGGUGUGGAAGUGGCGGAGAGGUUUGCAUAUUAUGGGAUUAGCUGCAACCUGGUCAUGUACAUGACUGAGCAGCUGGGGCAAUCAACAGCCACUGCAGCCGAGAACGUCAACACUUGGUCAGGAACGGCAUCGUUGCUUCCUCUUUUAGGAGCAUUCGUAGCUGAUUCUUAUCUGGGGCGCUACCGCACCAUUAUUAUUGCUUCUUGCAUUUACAUUCUGGGACUAGGCUUGCUGACUCUGUCAGCUAUGCUUCCUUCUAUCAGUACCUCUAAUUACGUGGGCAAAAACAAAGUUACAUUAGCUUCUUCCGAGCUCCAAGUGAAUUUAUUCUUCAUCUCUCUGUAUCUAGUAGCAGUUGGGCAAGGUGGACCUAAGCCUUGCGUUCAAGCUUUUGGAGCUGACCAGUUUGAUGGAGAAGAUCCGGUGGAAUGCCAAGCCAAAAGCUCAUUCUUCAAUUGGUGGUAUUUUGGACUAUGUGCAAGUAAUUCUGUGGCAAUAUUGAUCCUAACCUAUGUACAAGAAAACCUUAGUUGGGGCCUAGGAUUUGGAAUCCCGUGUGUUGCAAUGGUCAUUGCCUUAGGUGUCUUCUUGCUUGGUGCUAGAACUUAUCGAUAUAGUGUCAAAGAGGUGAAAAGCCCAUUUGUGAGAAUCGGUCAAGUGUUUGUUACCGCAAUUAAGAAUCAGCGGGCUAAACCAUCAGAAAUAGCUAUUGAAGAGGAAGCUUGCAGAACCUUGCCACAGCAUAACUCUGAACAAUUCAAGUUCCUUAACAAAGCCUUGCAAGGCAAGGUAUGUACUAUUAGUGAUGUUGAAGAAGCAAAGGCCGUUCUUAGGCUUAUUCCAAUUUGGGCUACGAGCUUAGGUUAUGCUAUUGUGUUUGCACAAACCUCAACUUUCUUUACCAAGCAAGGGGCUACUCUUGAUAGAACAAUUUUUCCUGGCUUUGAGAUACCAGCUGCUUCACUACAAUUCUUUAUCGGCCUGGCCAUUGUUUUUUUCAUUCCUGUAUAUGAUCGUAUUUUUGUUCCUAUAGCAAGAGCUAUCACCACUAAACCUUUUGGAAUCACAAUGCUACAGAGAAUUGGAACUGGGAUGCUUUUAUCUAUCAUUUGCAUGGUAGUUGCAGCUCUAGUUGAAAUAAAAAGGCUCAAAACUGCUAAAGAAUAUGGGUUGGUUGAUAUGCCAGAUGUGACUAUUCCAAUGAGUGUGUGGUGGCUUCUUCCUCAAUAUGUUUUGUCUGGAAUUGCUGAUGUUUUCACCAUUGUUGGGCUACAAGAAUUCUUCUAUGAUCAGGUCCCAAGUGAAUUAAGAAGUGUUGGUCUUGCCCUCUAUCAUAGUAUUUUGGGGGUCGGGAAUUUUUUAAGCAGCUUUCUUGUCUCUGUCAUUGAGAAGGUGACUGGCGGGGAUGGAAAAGGUAGUUGGUUUGCUGAUAAUCUUAAUCAGGCACAUCUUGACUAUUUUUAUUGGCUACUUGCUGGAAUUAGUGCAGUUGCAUUUACUGCCUACUUGUAUUUUGCAAAAUCUUAUAUUUAUAAUAGGCCAAGUACAAUUUAAAUUUAAAUUCAGUCACUUUGUUGUAAGUAAAUUUAAAUUGUAUUUAGGCAUGUGAAUGCUCUAUGUUAUUUGUUAAAUUAAAGUGAAAAAGAAGAAAAUCAUUGAAAAAGAGAAAAAAAAGAAAAGAAACAAGUGGAAGGAAAAUGAUAAUGUACUAAGACAUAAUAUGUUGGUUCCUUUCCCUUUCAACUUUCAAGGUCAUGAAUUUUUAAAGUUUGGGUAUAGUUUUGUGAGGAUACAUUUGUAAUGGGCUUGGAUAGGCUAAACCUAUUUU